GACUAAGACCUCUCGUGCGGGCAUGCCAGUGGUUUUCCGCAUUUUCGGGGUUCUAGGCGGAUGGGGCUUUCGCCCCCCUGUCGUAUGCUCAGCGCAAGAUGUUGUGCUGGCUAAGCUUCAGGCGGGCUGGCUGCCACUGACGCCUAUGGCCAGAGGAGGGCAAUCUCCGAUCCAGCAACUGCCACUGCUGACUGUCAGUGAGGAGAAGCCUUUUGCAGUGUUGAGUGCUCUGUUUCCGCUGCUUCCUGAUUUCAGUGCGGCUGAAGUGGUGCCGACCUUGGAUUCUGCUGAACUCGGGAAGUCGGAUGCCGUGUCUGAGGCUGCCGAUCCUACAGCCGCGCCCCAGCUACACCUGCUUCAGUCUCAAGCCAAGCUUCCGGCGCAAGAUUUUGAUUCUUCCUCCUCCGAUGGCGAGUCCGUCGAUGUAGAGUCGUUGGGCUGUGCUGAAGAGGUUGUUUUCCUUCAAGCAAAGUCGGGGGUGUGUCAUUUCGCAUCUCCGGCCACAGCGGGUACGGGCUCACGGCAUGCAGAGCUUUGGCUAAAACCUGCGUGUGGCAUGUUGUCGCCGGAGCUCAUGGUGCGCGUAGCACCUUCGCUGCCAGUGUAUCUUCGAGCAGGGAAUGUCACCGCUGCUCACAGGAAAAACAGUGGCUCCGCGCUGAUUGGCUGUGCACUGGCCCCGGUAAUGCUGGCUAGCGAUUUCGGCAUGCGGCUGUAUUGCCUCGCGCUUCUGAGAACAUUUUCGGCUGUGCAGUCCAUACCAUUGCGCGGUGGGAUUAGCCUGGAAGCUAUGGCUGCUGCCUUGUCUGCCACAGCAUUGCAAGGUGAUGGCUCUCCGGAUGGGGGCGUUUCUGCCCCGACGAUGGCUGAAUUGCUUGCGGAGCACUCCAUUCCCGAGGUGCUCCAUUAUCAUUUCGCCGAGUUCUCUCCAUCAGUCUUUGCCAACGUUUCUACGGACGCUGCUGGCUUAGACAGGUUCCUAGGGAGCCUCAUGGAGAACACGGGCCCAGAAAUGUUCGCUGUAGAAGCUCGUGUGCGGAUGUUAUGGAAAUCCUGUGUCGCUCAGUGCUCGGAAAGCAAGAAGGCUCCCGGGGAUCAAUCCCUGGGUGUGAAGGCAGAUUCUUGGAGUGACCCUUUUCCUGCAAAGUUGAGUGCAACUACGUGGAAAUCACUGCGUGAAGAUUUCCUUGCUUCCUACCCCUCCGAGCUGCUCAGCCCAGAGGACACACCGGGGGCGCGGAUUAUGGCCUUGGUGUACCGAGGUGUCUCCGACAAGUCGCUGAAAUGGCCUCAGUGGAAGCACAG